CACCGUUGAUCUUCGUACUGCUGUCUUUGGCGUUAAUCACAUCCGUCGAUGUGAGGACUACUGCCCGCACUCGGUUGAAUUUAGGCGUCCCCAGCUUCGAGACCUUCCAUAUUUCCCGAUCGGCACCGCUGCUUCUGGGCUCGCACGACAUUGUACGCGAUCUAUGGCACCUUUAAGGCGCAUUCUUUCUUUACAAAGAGCCUCCUUGCUUCGUUGUUCUAAUGAGAGCUGGGGCCAGGCUAAUAGGUUAUUCAGCACCCAAGCUGUGAACCCCCCCGCCGCCCCACAGGCCCAGGCCCAGGCCCAGCCCCCGCCACCUCCACCACCACCGGAAAAAACUCAUUUCGGUGGGCUUAAAGAUGAGGAUCGCAUUUUCACCAAUCUAUAUGGGCUGCAUGAUCCUUUUCUCAAGGGCGCCAUGAAACGUGGAGACUGGUACAGAACUAAGGACCUGGUUGUCAAGGGGUCUGACUGGAUUGUCAAUGAGAUUAAAAAAUCUGGUCUUCGAGGACGUGGUGGUGCUGGUUUCCCUUCCGGAAUGAAAUGGUCCUUUAUGCCAAAGAGCUCUGAUGGCCGCCCUUCGUACCUUGUUGUUAAUGCUGAUGAGAGUGAACCUGGGACAUGCAAGGAUAGAGAAAUUAUGCGUCAUGAUCCGCACAAAUUACUUGAAGGUUGUUUAAUUGCUGGAGUUGGAAUGAGGGCGAGAGCUGCCUAUAUAUACAUUAGGGGUGAGUAUGUGAAUGAAAGAAAGAACCUAGAGAAGGCGAGAAAGGAGGCUUAUGAAGCUGGAUAUUUGGGGAAGAAUGCAUGUGGGUCUGGGUAUGAUUUUGAUGUGCACAUUCACUUUGGUGCCGGAGCUUAUAUUUGUGGUGAAGAGACGGCUCUUUUGGAGAGCCUUGAGGGUAAACAAGGAAAACCUAGGUUGAAGCCUCCAUUUCCGGCCAAUGCAGGUCUGUAUGGUUGCCCUACAACCGUUACAAAUGUUGAAACGGUAGCAGUCUCACCUACUAUACUGAGACGUGGACCAGAAUGGUUUUCUAGUUUUGGAAGGAAAAACAAUUCUGGAACAAAGCUAUUCUGCAUAUCUGGUCACGUAAACAAGCCUUGCACUGUCGAGGAAGAGAUGAGCAUUCCAUUGAAAGAGCUUAUUGAAAGACAUUGUGGCGGAGUACGUGGAGGAUGGGAUAACUUGCUUGCAGUUAUCCCAGGUGGUUCAUCAGUGCCAUUGAUACCCAAACCCGUAUGUGAAGAUGUGCUCAUGGACUUCGAUGCCCUGAAGGCUGUACAAUCAGGGUUAGGAACUGCUGCAGUCAUUGUGAUGGAUAAAUCAACAGAUGUUGUAGAUGCUAUUGCAAGACUUUCUUACUUCUACAAGCACGAGAGCUGCGGCCAGUGCACACCUUGCAGAGAGGGUACCGGAUGGCUCUGGAUGAUCAUGGAGAGAAUGAAGGUGGGAAAUGCCUUGUUGGAGGAGAUUGACAUGCUUCAGGAAGUGACCAAGCAGAUCGAAGGACACACUAUUUGCGCAUUGGGCGAUGCAGCUGCUUGGCCAGUUCAGGGGCUUAUCCGACACUUCAGACCUGAGCUUGAAAGGAGGAUUCGGGAGCGGGCAGAGAGAGAGCUACAAAGGGCUGCUGCUGCUUGAUUCCUUUAUACAGGAAAUAUGUGUCUUGCUGUUGAAUAAACAUCGGUUAGGCGGAUAGGGAUUUCUGAAAGCCAUCUGUUAUUGCAGCAGCAUAUCUGAAGUUAAUUAUUGUAUUCAUGUAUUAUUUUAUACCGACAUUUUGUGGAUCUCCACCCUUGUGUUGUCUUUAGCCUCGAAGAUACUUGUUGAGGUUUUGUUUUGCAGGAUGAAAAUACUGUCAAUAAUUUAAUGGCGCGACGUUGUCUUGAAACGACCUUUUGCAUUACUCGCUGGAGUGCUUAAUAAUAUCGACACUGGACUGGACUACAGUUUGUUGUGAA